ACAAAAGUUAUUCUCAAAAAUCCUCUCUGAUCGGCGCAAUCUUGUAUUCUAUCAUUCUUGAAAAAUAUUAUCUAUAGCUAGAGACUUGGAAAACAUAUCGCUCGAGGUAUCGUUGAGUGGCGAUGUUGCGUUUGCUUCAUUCAACGACUCGCGAAGUAAUAGCGCUAUAACAAAUACUGUUGAAGAAUUGAGCGAUUGGGAAGCUGAUGGAUUGGAGACUUAUCACUUGCAAGUAUCGGAAAAUUUAUGGAAUGAACUUCGUGAAGCUGAGCGAGUGCAGUACGGAAAUAGAAAUUAUUCAAUUCUUCGCCGAGGUGGUUGGACAGAUACACUAGCAGAGGCAUUUUUUGCUCUCACACAGAUCCCUUGUGCUUUUGUAUUCAAAAAUGCUAAAUUGUACGAGCAAGAAAGUAGCAUUCACCAUUUGACGGUAUUGGGAAAUUGUAAAAGCAAAAGUUGCGGAAACAUAUUCAGAGCUUAUAUGGACAAGAAGCCUGAAAAAUUUCCAUGUACUCUUCGCGUACGAACCCAUGAUACUUUUUUAAAAUUAGCAGAACACGAAGACGUACGAAGGCCUACGCGACAUUUGAAACGUUUGAAAAUUGGAGAAGCAGCCUUCAAUGAAGGUGCUGGGAAUUACCGCAAACGUGAAGCUGCUUCCUACGCAUCGACAUGUACUCGUCUACCAGCACAUCUUCCCAAAUUGAGCGUUAUACGGCAGUGCAAAAGCGAUUACUUGCAACAGAAAUAUGGUGUAAAGCCCGAGGAUAAUCAAGACGUGGUACUAACUAUCGAGAGAAUGCGUCAUGAUCCUGAAUACCCGAAAUUUAUUCAUGAUGUGCAACGUGAACCGUUUUUUGUAGCGUAUAGCACACCCGAGCAGUUACAUUGCUACAAAAGGUUUAAUAAAUUAUGUCGCGAUUCGUGUAAUAUUUCUAUUGAUGGUACUGGCAGUAUAGUACAGUCAAUCGUUAAUCCCAUUAGUGGUGUGAGAAUGGGACACAUCCCAACAAGCAUUUCAGUAAAUGUUUUUAAAAAUAACUUAAAGUAA